UUUUUUCUUACAAUUGGCUGUUCCCACCCACAUUCUCUCUAGAUAUAAAUAGAAAAAAAAAAAAAGGCUUCAUUAGGAAGGCAGGACAUUUGAGCUACCUGUACUUGAUCCUUGACGAGGGAAUCCAAGAGGUGGAAACCAUCCCCUUUUCAACCCUUUAUAAGCCAGGUCCCUGAGGCAGCGGAAGCAUACCUGGGUGUCGUUCCUCUGUGCCCUUUUCCUGGUUCAUCUCGGAGGCAAAUCUGCAACCGCCUCUCCUCUCUUCCGUGCGGCCAGGGGGUACAAUGAGCAUCACAGACGUGCUCAGCGCUGACGACAUCGCAGCCGCCCUGCAGGAAUGCCAAGACCCAGAUACUUUUGAACCCCAAAAAUUCUUCCAGACAUCAGGCCUCUCCAAGAUGUCGGCCAGUCAGGUGAAGGACGUCUUCCGGUUCUUAGACAACGACCAGAGCGGAUACCUGGAUGAAGACGAGCUUAAGUUUUUCCUCCAGAAGUUCGAGAGUGGUGCUAGAGAACUGACCGAGUCAGAGACCAAGUCCCUGAUGGCCGCUGCAGACAAUGAUGGAGAUGGAAAAAUUGGGGCUGACGAAUUCCAGGAAAUGGUGCACUCUUAGAAGCCAGGCAGGCUUUGGCCUGCUCUAUGGAGAAAAAAAGGAGAGGGGAUGUGCAGCUGCAAGGCCUCCACAGCCCCGGGCAACGGGAACCCCCACAUCCUGCCCCGAACUCGCUGAGUGAUUGACUCCCCCUGACAAGCUUCUACAGCGUGCCCCCCGUUCUAGCGAGGUAAGAAGACGGCCGUCCACGCCUCUCUCGGUGGCGGGGAGCGCCCUCGUGACUUCUGUGAGGCCCUCUGCAGCACUGGCUAUGAGAAUCACCCAAUAAAGACGCGUUUCUC